GCACAUAGACGAGUCUCUCUCGGGCCAUUCUUGAAGUCGUUUCCCGACCCCCAAGCUCUCGACCUCGAUCUCCUCCCCGCCCUACCAUCUCUCUCGCCCUACUGUCCGCGGUCCCUCUACCUCGUCCUCGCCACCGACGCCGCUGCCGGCGUCGUCUACCUCGUCUUCCAAAGACCCCCAAGUCAUCGCCGUCAAGGGCUUCAACCUCUCCUCCGCUGCCGCCGACAUCGCCGCCAUCUCGCCGUCCUCUACCUCGUCUUCCGAAGCUCCGCCGCCCUCCCGUCGCCGCCCGCGAUCGUCCCCAGAGUAUGAAUUCUGUUGAACUAGAAAAUGGUGAAGAAGAGACCGCGGAGACAUUUUCUGACCAGUUACAUUUUCUGGGUUCCCCUGGCAUGGAUGAUGUCGAUGAUGAACCACCAGUGUGCCCUCGCAUAGGGGAUCAGUACCAGGUGGAAAUCCCAACCAUCGCGACAGAAUUGGAACGCCUUCAACUAAGAUCCCACCAGAUUAAUACUGAGAACAUGCUUGAUGACAACUAUAUUUUUGGACUAGGAUUAGCCAUUCCAAUUAUGUGGAUUCACCAUACAGGUGAUCCCAUAAAAAAUGAACAGAAUGAAUUCCCUGCUUCCAAAAUUGGUGGUAAUGAAGCUGGGUUUGCGGACUUUGGAAGGGAUAAAGAAAGUCAGAUUGAUGCUACAUGCAGCAUAGUGGGUGAACUUCCAGCAGAAGAUUCAAGUUAUCAUGAUAUACAUCCUCAAGGCUCGGCAUGUAAAGUUGAGCUACUAAAUGACUUGGCAGAUCAGGGAAAAGAAUCUGGAGGUUUCACAAGCCAGGAAUGCAGGGCCGCAAAUGAUCAGAUGCAUACAGGUUCUCCGUGGCUCCAUCAGAGUAAAGCCAAAGUUUUCAGUCCAUUGCCUGGUUCACCGGCUCCCUCUUGGAGCAAUGCUGAGGAACAGAGUUUUCUCCUUGGUCUUUACAUUUUCGGAAAAAAUCUUCUUCAGGUGAAGAAAUUUAUGGAGAAUAAAAGGAUGGGAGAUAUAUUGUCCUACUACUAUGGAAAGUUUUAUAGGUCUGAUGUGUAUUGUAGAUGGUCAGAAUGUAAAAAGAUACGAAGUAGGAAGUGCAUACUUGGACAGCGCAUUUUCACAGGUUGGAGACAACAGGAACUACUGUCACGUGUGCUACCAACAGUGUCAAAGGAAGGUCAAGAUACUUUGCUGGAGGCCAUUAAGACAUUUAACGAGGGAACAGCUUCUCUUGAGGAAUUUGUCGUCACUUUAAAAGCUAUUGUUGGCAUGGAAGUUCUUGUAGAAGCUAUUGGAAUCGGCAAAGGGAAGCAUGACCUUACCGGCAUUGUAUUAGAUCCAGUUAGAACAAACCAUUCAGUUUCUAUCCGGCCUGAACUUCCAAUAGGCAAAGCAUGCUCCUCUCUCUCAUCUGGUGACAUAAUCAAGUUUCUGACAGGUGAUUUCAGGUUAAGCAAAGCAAGGUCGAAUGAUCUCUUCUGGGAAGCUGUCUGGCCUCGUUUGCUAGCAAGGGGUUGGCAUUCAGAGCAGCCUAAAGAUUGCUCAGUUGUCUCUAAGCAUGCAUUAGUAUUUCUCACCCCUGGUGUUAAGAAGUUCUCCAGAAAAAAACUUGUAAAAGGCCAUCACUAUUUUGAUUCUGUAAGUGAUGUCUUGAGCAAAGUCGCAUCAGACCCAAGGCUUCUUGAGUUAGAGGUCGAAGGAGCUGAAGAAAGCAGCAGUAUCAAGGAUGAAAAUGAAUGGGCUGCAGAUAACAAAUCAGACCAAAAUGGUCUGUCUGAGCAUCGACGUCACUGCUAUCUCCGUCCAAGGCUCCCAAAUUGCAGUUCGCAACUCAUGAAAUUUACUGUUGUGGAUACCAGUAUGGUUCAAGGGGAAGGACCCUUAAGAGUAAGAGAACUGAGGAGUUUACCUUCCCCUUAUGACCGUUCAUCUUAUUCAGGACAAACAGGAAGCAAUAGCUCAUCGGAGCAGUUGGACUCUGAUGAUAGCUCAUCAGAUGAUCAAGGAGAUUCUGAUCUGAAUAAGUCUCUUGACAAGAGAGUGGAACAAAGCCAGAGUUGCAUAAUUGAUGAAGGAACACAAUCUGGUCCAUCGGAUAAUAUGGUUACUGUUUCAAACAAAAGGCUACCAAUAAAUGGGCAUGUUUCCAAUGAUCAAUGUGCUAAUCUGACCAGUGAAAAGCCACGAAUGAAGGAUACAAAGUGUCAAUUCAGCCGCAGGGCAAAAUCUGGCCAACAAGAUUAUUUAGCCCCCAUGUCAAAACGGAAGAGGUUAACUGCCUGUAGGUGUGAACGAACUGGUCGCCGCACCUACUCUUUCCCAAAAGGCCAUCAACUGAAGAAAGAGGAAAUUCACCAUGAUUUGGAUUCAUUGAAAGCAAAUGAUACCACAAGUGCAGAGGUUGACCAGUCUCGAGGGAAGGUACCUAUGAACACUACAACUAAUCAUAGCCCAGAUGAGAACAGCAAGUAUGCUUUUAGUGGGGAGCAUUAUGCUACUAUUUCUGUAAGUGAGACCACAGUCAGUAAGGAAAAGCCUCAACCCCGCUCCUUCAUUGACUUAAACCUACCACAUAUUCCAACAGAUUAUGAGAUUGCUGAACCCUUCAGCACAGAGGUGGCGGGCAGCCAGGAUUAUCUGAACCCAGAGAAAGAGGGAUGCCUGCCAGAAACAAAGCAGCAAGAUAAUGGUUCCCAAGUAGUUGGGACAUCUAAUGUACUGCUUGAUGAGCAGCCUUCCAGGAACUCUAGGAGGCAAAGCACCAGGAACCGACCACCAACGACAAGAGCUUUAGAAGCUCUUGCAUGUGGAUUUCUAGGCACAAAGCGCAAGGGAAGGGACACAAGAGUCCCAUUGUCAGGUAACCUGACAAGAAGGCCAUCCCGGCGGGUACGCAGGACUGAAACCUCAGUACCUGUUCCUUCAUCUGGUGUCAGUGCAGUUAGUUCUGACAUCAAGGAGCCAAAUGCUGGACCAAAUGAAUGGCAUGGAAGCAAUACAAACGAUGAAAUCAUGCUUAAUGGUUCAUAUGUUGAAUCAGAAAGGAAAGCGACUCAUGAUUUGGUUGGGGUACCUUAAGCUGCCUACCUUUUGUUUCUUUGAAGAACUGGAAAUGCAGCACUGUGGUUUUUCUGAUGCUGUGCGGUCUCAAGGCACGAGAUCUACAUUCGUGGGGACCUGCACUUCACAGUGGCUGGGGAUUUUCCAGUUGUCUUAUGUUAACAAGGUCAUUUGGUAUGCUAUACUAGCUUUGCUCGUCCAAGUUAAUUGGAAGAUGAUUUCAGGGGGCAUUCGCAUGACACAUAAUCUCUGGACAGCAAAGGUCAGGGAGUUCGCAAAUGCGGCUCAUCAUUUGACAGAAACUUCAGCAUCCUCUUGGUCUGGUAACAUUUGCUGUCCAUAUUGGUUUAUUCAUCAUGAGAUUGAUAGAAUAAAUUGCAUGGAUGCAGUGGCUAAUCUGUCUAUACAAGGGAACGGCAGUACUCAGCUGAUUUCAAUUGAUUAUGUAGCAUUAAAUUCUUUUGGUUGUGCUUCUCACUGUACAAGUUUGUACUGAACUUAUACAAUCUUGUAGAAUUUUAAUGGCUAUAAUUGCUGAUGUUCUAUGGGGUCAUUGUUAUAUGAGAGAUGGAUAAUUUCUUUUUC